AGCCAGAAGGAGAACAGCCACUUCGAGGGACUAGUUGUUCCUUUUUGCACUUGGAGAAAAUUGUAGCUUUUUUAUGUUGGGGAAAUAUUGCAGCUGGAGAAAACAAAUGGCGUUACAAAUACACCACAAUUCUGCAAGCAGCCAAGUGGCCCAUCCUCAGGAGCCUCAUCAUGCCACAGAAAAGCCUGUCAUCCAUUGCCACAAAUGUGGGGAGCAGUGUAAAGGAGAAGUACUUCGAGUCCAGGCCAAGCAUUUUCACAUCAAAUGCUUUACUUGCAAAGUGUGCGGGUGUGAUUUGGCUCAAGGAGGCUUUUUCAUUAAGAAUGGUGACUACCUUUGCACUGUGGAUUACCAGCGGAUGUAUGGGACCCGAUGCAAUGGCUGUGGGGAGUUUGUGGAAGGAGAAGUUGUAACCGCUCUGGGGAAAACCUAUCAUCCCAACUGCUUUGCCUGCACUAUGUGCAAACGUCCUUUUCCACCAGGAGACCGGGUUACCUUUAAUGGAAGAGACUGUCUCUGUCAAAUGUGUGCUCAACCAAUGGCAUCCAGUCCAAAAGAACUCGCCAGUUCCAGUAAUUGUGCCGGCUGUGGAAGAGAAAUAAAAAAUGGACAAGCCUUGCUUGCUUUGGACAAGCAGUGGCAUCUUGGGUGCUUCAAAUGCAAAGCCUGUGCGAAGGUUUUAACUGGAGAAUACAUCAGCAAAGAUGGUGCCCCUUACUGUGAAAAGGACUAUCAAGUUCUCUUUGGGGUCAAAUGUGAAGCAUGUCACCAAUUCAUCACUGGGAAGGUCCUAGAAGCAGGGGACAAGCAUUACCAUCCAAGUUGUGCACGAUGCAGCAGAUGCAACCAAAUGUUCACAGAAGGAGAAGAAAUGUAUUUGCAAGGUUCUACAGUUUGGCAUCCCGAUUGUAAACUGUCUACAAAGGGAGAUGAAAAGUUAAGGCUGUUUUCACCAUCUUGUAUACUGAACACCAUCAAAACAUUAAGGCAGCCUACCCGGACAUCCUCAGAGAGUAUUUAUUCAAGGCCUGGAUCCAGUAUUCCUGGUUCACCAGGACACACAAUCUAUGCAAAAGUAGACAAUGAGAUCCUUGAUUAUAAGGAUUUAGCAGCCAUUCCCAAAGUCAAGGCCAUCUAUGACAUAGAGCGUCCAGAUCUGAUUACUUACGAACCUUUCUAUACUUCUGCCUACGAAGAGAGACAAGAAAGACAGAGCCUUGGAGAGAGUUCAAGAUACGGGAGUUCUCCUGUGCAUGAUGAAAGUUCACCAAGGACACUCUCUCCAACUCCAUCUGCAGAAGGUUAUCAAGAUAUUCGAGAACGAAUGAUACACCGGUCAACCAGUCAGGGUUCCAUUGGUUCCCCUGUAUACAGUCGUCAUAGCUACACUCCCACCAUGUCACGUUCGCCUCAGCAUUUCCACAGACCUGAUCAAGGGAUCAAUAUUUAUAGAAAACCACCCAUCUACAAACAGCAUGAUGCAGCUGCUCUGGCAGCCCAGAACAAGCCUUUCGAUGAUAUCAUCAAGUCCUCCAAGUUCCCAGCAGCCCAUGCUCCAGCACCCAACGAGAUUCCAAAGAUUGAGACAGAAUACUGGCCAGGUCCUCCCUCACUUGCGGCUGUAGGUUUUGAUAUGCGACGCCGAUCCACUGGCAGAGAUGAAGACCUUGAAGAACUUCAGAGGCGUCGGCAACUGCAGGAGGAACAGUUACUGAAGCUAAACUCAGGCCUGGGGCAAUUGAUACUAAAAGAAGAGAUGGAAAAGGAAAAGUCAUUACUUGCCAGCAGAUGUUACGAUUCUCCAGUUAAUUCAUCAUUACACGCCACUGCUUCUAAAACUUCUUCACUGCCUGGGUAUGGACGAAAUGGACUCCACAGGCCGAUGUCCACAGACUUUGGUCAGUACAACAGUUAUGGGGAUGUGAGCAAUACAACUCGAGAUUACCAGUUUCACCCAGAUGGUCACGUCCCUGGAAUGCGAAUGGACCGAGGAGUGUCUAUGCCUAACAUGUUGGAACCAAAGAUAUUUCCUUAUGAAGUACUCAUGGUGACCAACAGAGGGCGAAAUAAAAUUCUAAGAGAAGUGGAUAGAACCAGGUUGGAGCGUCAUUUAGCACCUGAAGUUUUUCAAGAAAUAUUUGGCAUGACGAUACAGGAAUUUGAUAAGUUACCUCUCUGGAGACGCAAUGAUAUGAAGAAGAAAGCCAAACUCUUCUGAAUUCUUCUUUCUUGGGAGAGGGAAGAUAUCAUGUAAUAGGAUAAUGUAUUAUAAUCGAGUCCAAACCCCUUUUGGAGAGCAAACAGUCAAGAAGGUGGGGAGGAGAGAAGGGACAAUCUGAGAAAGGCACAUACUAAUGCCUUGAGAUUGUGCAAUGGCCUGUCAAGCUUGCCAUAGGCAGAGACAUGAAAGGUUCUUUGUUCAAAUCUCAGUCACCGUUUUCACUCAUGAAGUUUUUACAUAUAUAUUCAGUGUUCUGCCUUCCUCAUUUUCCCUUGACUUUCAUUCAAAGGUUGAGGACACUAAUUGAGAAAAUCCAGGAAAUGCCCGUAGGAUGCCAGCUCACAAUUUUGUGGUCAUGGACUUUCCAAGCAAUGAAUGAAUAUAUUCUAUAGUUAAGGAAGGAGUCCUGUGUAAUAUAUUUAUCCUCUGGGCACAGCUAUUACAGUUAAUUGGCCUUAUUGUCAAAUGGCUUAUUCUUUCCGCAAUACCCAUCAAUAAAAUAGGCUGCUGAACAGAGGUAUUCUGCUGUGCUGCAUACUGGGCAAUUUUUUUGAGAACAAGCUCCUAGCUUGCACUUGCACAUAUCUGGUAGUAAAUUGCCAUGUUUUGUUAUUUAAACUCUUUGUUCCUCCAUCUUUCCCUGCAUUAACUGAAUAUAAUUUUUGCUUUAAACCACUUGGUUGAAAAUUAACAACAGCAAGCAGGUAAACAAAAAAUUAGUUUCUUGAUUUAAUGAUGAAGGAGUUAUUUCAACUAUCAUGUUAAAUGUCAUGCAGUCGUAGGUUUAAUUUAGAUGUGACCUUUGCUGUGUGAAAAUCACUAUGUCAUAGUGUGGUCACGCAUUGCUUGUUGUGCUUGAAAAUAAGCACUGCGUGGGCCAAUGGAUUUAUGUUAUUCCUUUUCAUGUUAAAAUAAACAAUAUUAAUCACGCUGGUCCAAGAAAAAGAAAGGCAAUAACUGGGCCAAUAACUUAUUGUGAUCGAUCAGAAGGUAUCAUGUUUAAACUCUGAGACUCUCUCCAGUUCUCCUUCAUCAAUUGUAGAAUCUGAUACAUGAUCAUCUUCCAUAGGAUCUAGAAUAGGUGUCCUAGAAAAUCACCAUGCCAUCAUCUUUACUGUGAAACUGAAGAUUGAAGAGUGUUUUGUGAGAUCAACUAAUGCCAAGCAAGUCAAAAGAUUGGACAUUUUCAAAGUACUCUAAAUAGCCUGUUCCAGGAUUGGAACAGCAUUUGUCAAUCACUAGUACCAUCCAACUGCAAAGGUUACAUUUGAAUUUUUAAAAAAUGUCUAACAGAAUAGUGAACUCGGAAGUGUUAUUAUUAUAUUUUAACUAUUAUACGGAGUGACUUUGCUGCUACACAGUGAUCGUUCAAGCUAUUUUCUUGUAUGCACUGAUAAUAUUGCACAAUAUGUCAUGUUAAACAAUGUUUAAUUUGAUUUUCUUCAUGUAAUCACUCAUUAUUCAUAUAAGAAGACUUGAAUUUUGUGUUAUUUUACUAUACACAAUUGCAAAUAGGUUUUUUUCUUCUUAUUUACUAUCAGUGCCUGGAAAAAAAACCCUUUAUCUUGGGCAAUUUCUGAAUCAAAUGAUCUGCUCAACUACAUGCAGCCUUUUUUAAAGAGGAUAUUGUGUGACCUGGCCUCUUGGCUGCCUAAAUUGCUUGGUAGGUUGUGUAAAGGACACAUAACAUUUUCUUCAAUAGAAUCAGAAGCCAUUUUUGGCUGACAAUAGGGUGCAGUGAUACAUUAAUUUUUUACCAGAGUGAUGACUGCCACUAUACAAAUUUUUACUUUUUCUCUUUUAAUGUGCAGUUUCUGCCAACAGUGUAAUCCUGUAUGUAUAUAUACAAUAGUUUAUACUAAUUUAGAAGCAAAAAUUCCCUAAAUCAAAUGAAGCUUGUCAUCUAGUAAGUCUGUGUAGCAUAGAUGAGGAACCUGUUGCUCUCCAGAUGUUGCAAAACCCCAACUUUCUGCUUUCCUUACCAUUAGCCCUGGGGGAGCAACACUUGUUAAUGUUAUUCAACAACAUCUGUAAGGUUACAGAUUCCGUAUUUCUUCCCAUGUUUAGAUAGCAAUUCUUACUGUAAGGUUUAUGCAGGAAGGACUUGUAGCAUUUUUUGCUCUUACGAGCUCUUUUGCUCUUAAGAGCUAAGCAUAGGUGGAUUCCAGUGACCUGUCUGAAUUCAUAACAGGUGAUCAAGAUACUAAUGGCUAAUCCAGUGGUGGGAUUCACGUAAUUUAACAACCGUUUCUCUGCCCUAAUGAUUUCUUCCAACAGCCAGUUUGCCAAACCGCUCAGAAAGUUAACAACCGGUUCUCCCGAAGUGGUGCGAACUGGCUGAAUCCCACCACUGGGCUAAUCCUUUUGUUCUUAGUUUAUUAUCUUCCUAAAUUAGGCUACUAGAUCUGGUCUGCAAAAAUCCUAAAUUAGGCUACUAGAUCUGGUCUGCAAAAAUCCAGAAUCCUGGUCUGCAAAAAUCCAGAAUCCCUUUGUUCUUAGUUUAUUAUCUUCCUAAAUUAGGCUACUAGAUCUGGUCUGCAAAAAUCCAGAAGACCAUUAUGUGGAAGCAAAGAAAGAAGAGUUUUAUUUGCGGCCAUUUAAUGAAUUUUGCAUUCUGGUACAAAUGAUAAAGAAGAUUUUCAGCAUAUCAGUACAGAUGUUUAGAAGAUUGCGUGGCAGAAUUCAUGUAAAAUGUUAACUCCAUGAAAUGCUGAUCAUUCUAUCACAUUGUAAUUAUGUAUGAAAGGAUGUUCACCAGAAGAGACCCAGAUAAAGAGUCUGUGCAGUCCUGAGCUGGAUGGAGGAAAUGGGGAAGAGAUUCAGGGUAGCCAGACCCUAAAAUCUCUCAUGAUAUAUUUGAUACCUUAGAAAGUUACCAGCUUUGCAAGAGUCUGUCAAUUAGAUGUAAACAAAUAAAAGGUUGGACAUGAUUGGAUCUCACUGGGCUUGGGCCUGACAAUAGAAAAAGGAAUGACACAACCAUACUGGUGAUAUAUUAUUGUUUGUAGGAAUUUAUCACCUGGCCAAGGAUAAUUUUUAUUUAGCCUACUUCACAGGUUCCCACAAAUUGAUGUCCUCCAAUCCUGGAAUUAAUAUAUUCUAGAAAUUAAAAUCCAAAAUAGCUGAAGGGCACUAUUGGGCAAUAGUGAGAGAAGAGUGUCCAAUAAUCACAAGAAUAAAUGUGGUAUGACAGGGGGGGAGGGGGCAGUCAUUUUAUUUAUUUUUAUUUUUAUUUUUGUUACAACAUUAUAUACAAGAACAUAUAUUGAAAGGAAACAAUAGGACAGGAACAGUAGGCACUUUUGUGCACUUAUGCACGCCCCUUAUGCCACAUGAUAGUCAUGCCACAUGAUAGUUUUCAUCUUUCUAAUUCUAUUAUCUCAGGCAAUAUCAAUUAAAACAAAUUGUAGCAGGUGUCAGGAGGCUCAAGGAAACCUUAAAGUGACAAUGUGUAGUUGUGUUUGAUUUCUGUAAUUUUUUGUAAUUAUGUAUUCGACUGGCCUAUUAAACUAGCUAUAAUUUAGCCAAGAGAACAGUUUGAUGAGUGAUUUACGAAGGAAUGUGCUGUUUAUCAGAGAAAUUGGGCCUUUGUCCCAAAAGCAAUCAGUUGAAGAGGGCCAUCUAAGCUGCCUUUUUUCCUGAACAUGUUAUUGCUUCAACUGCACAUCAAUGGUUUCUGUGUGAUUAGGCAUCCUUUCUACUUUUUUGUCCUUGGUUCAGUGCUUUCGUACAAAUGAGCUCUGGACAGACAUUUGUAUCUGGUGCACAGAAAGGACUAAAGCAGCAUAUCCUAAUUGCAGUUCAUUGAAUUAGCCAAUAUCCAGCCAUAUCUGUGCUUCCUCUUUUUUCGCUCAGGAUGUUUAUAAAUUAGAAUAGUUGCUUCUCACCUCCUCAUGGAAUGAAAUCUCCAUUGCCUGUUAUUUUUCAAUUGCAUUUUCCUAAGCUGAUAAGUAAGAGUUGUAACUAGUAGUGGAAUUCAAUUUUUUUUACUACUGGUGUUCUGUGGGCAUGGCUUGGCGGGCAUGGUGUGGCUUGGUGGGUGUAGCAGGGGAAGGAUAGUGCAAAAUCCCAUUCCUUCCCCACUCCUGGGGAAAGGAUAUUGCAAAAUCUCCAUUUCCACCCCACUCUGGGGCCAGCCAGAGGUGGUAUUUGUCGGUUCUCUGAACUACUCAAAAUUUCCACUAUCAGUUCUCCAAAACCUGUCAGAACCUACUGAAUAGCACCCCUGGAUGUAACCUACAGCAUGGCUGCUAUUUGAAAUCAUUCCGUGUAUGAUUCAUAUUGCCUGGGAAGCCAAGCACUUAUUGGUUCUAACCACAAAGCCCAUUGUUUCCCCCCUCAUUUUUUAUUAAUCAAUUUUGAUUUAACAAAAUCUGAAUUCUAUAUUCUCAGUUUCCACACAUAUUAUUCCAAGAGCAGUGACACUUUUUACCUGUUAGAACAGGGAUGUCAAACUUGUGUCGUCACAGCGGCAUCACGUGAUAUAUCAGGACUUCUUUCCCCUUUGCUAAAGUGGGCAUGGCUAGCGCAUGAUGCAUCUGGCCUGUGGGCCACAAGUUUGACAGCCCUGUUUUAGAAGUAAGAUAUUCCUGUAAAUAGACCUCCUUUAAGAUAAAUAGCUAGUUAAGACAUCAUUCCAAUGCUUUGCAAAUUCUCUUACAACCUGAAAAAAAAAAUAGGCAGAAGGGAGUUACUAAAAAGAAUGCAGAUGAAUUCAUUAUAUUCCUGUAAUAGUCUGUAAUUCCAGAAAAAUGUGUGAUCACAAAUGAAAACUUACAGUUGAUGACGGUCCUUCAAGAGUAACAAUUCCUAGCAUUAUUCAUCAGUAGUUGGGCUCUUGACAUUGCAAUUGGGUUUCUACAAUUUCAGGAUGAGAAUGAAUGUUAUUCUGUAUGUUCCACUAUUAUUUGCUGACAUGUGAGCAAGACAUACUUUUAUAAUAAAGCUUACAAUUAUGGAUAGAUCAGGGUUUUUUUUUUAAAAAAAAUGCAUUUACAGGUAGUCUUUGACUUACGACACGAUCGAGCCCAAAAUUUCUGUUGUUAUUAAGCGUGAUAUUUGUUAAGUCAGUUUUGCCAGGAAACUGCAACCAUCAUAAAUAUGAGUCAGUUGCCAAGUAUCUAAAUUUUGAUCACUUAACUAUGGGGAUGCUGCAAUGGUCAUAAAUGUGGAAAAUGAUAAGUCACUUUUUUUCAGUGCCAUUGUAACUUUGAAUGGUCAAUAAAUAAACUGUUGUAAGUGAAGGACUACCUGUAUUUAUUUUGUGAGAAAGUACAAUUUAAUUGGGAGACUAUUUCCCAAUUAUAUUAAUUUUAUAAAAGAAGGCUUAAAAGUGUCUUACUACAAAUAUAAAGGACCGAAAACCAGCAAACAUAUUUAAUUUGGUGCUAAAAUGGAACUGAUUAGAAAGAUUGAGCUUUUUCCCCUCUAUUGUUUUACAAAUGUGCAAAUGUACAAAUGACUUGAAGUGCUAUUGCACAAAUAAUUUUAUUAUCUAACUACCUAUUUACCAUUAUCACCAUCCCCCACCUUAUAUGUAUCCAAAAACACAUUUUAGCCCAAAUUUUUAGAUUUUUUUUAAAAAAACCUGAUCCAAUUGUAUUCUAAUGGGAAGAGUAAUACCAAAGCUGAGGUGAAGUAGAUGGACUUCACUGUAGUGAUGUACAAAUUCACCACCACUAUUUGAUAAGUUAUUGCACACAGCAAAAUCACAUCUCUUAAAAAUGCAAGUAAAUGUCAAAAGAUUUAUAAGCAACACAUGGCUAUUGCAGAAUGAAUACUGUACUGUGGAAGCACUGCAGAAUGCAGAUUGUCAUCAUGGAGGACAUGUGAUGUGUAUUGUUCAAUUACCUUAGUAGUGCUGGGUGGGGGGGAUUCAGAAACUAUAUGAGAAGAAAAUUAUCUCCAGAAGGAUAUUUUAUUGGUGCUUAUCUACACUGUAUGAUGCCCAUUCUUCUGCUGUACAUUUCUUUUGUAUUUUUAAUGCAAUCUACUAAAAAGGGAUAUUUUGGUUCAGAUCCUUUUUCAUGUUACAAUUCCAUCUUCCCAUUUCCAGGAAAACUGCAUAAGAAAUAUAGUAUGAAGAAAUGAAGCUAAAUUGCUUCCCAAAACAGAGCUGUUAAAAAAAUGUAUUUCUUGGUUUGGAAAAACGACGGUAGCUCUCCAAGAUUGUCAAAGCAAGCUUAAUUCCAAAUAUAUAAAGUCAAGGAACAUGAAAAAGUGUCUUUAAAAUAUUUUCUUCAAUGUGCAAAAUGAUUUCUAAAAGGAAGAAUGAAUAUGUUUAAUAGCAUACUCUUUGGAUAUUCAUCCAUGUGUAAAAAUACUGUAAUGACCCAACAUGAAUUAGGUCUUUGUUUCUCAAAGGGUUCUAUCUAAAAUCACUAAAACAUAAAUUUUGCUUUAAGUGCCUAUAAAGUUAAUUUAUGGCAGAUACCUCUUCAAGAGUAUAGAUUUUAAGGGUAUGGAUUUUACAUCCAAAUCUAAGGCUAUCAGAUUUGAGUUUCAAGAAUCUGGUAAACCAUGAGCUGGAAGGACGAGGUAUUGAAAAAUAUUUUUAUUGUUAUUUCAUGAUUUUUGCAUGCAAAUCUGGUAGCCCUGUCAAAUCUGUUUCUUCAAGAAUGAGUGCUAAUUUGUACACUAUAUAUGCAUACCAACUUCUGACCCCAAAUCAAGCCCAGUUGAAUCAGAUGAUAAAGGUUGAAUAUUAGGCUAUUUAGAAUCUGCUUAUUCGGUUAUACUCUGUAUAACAGCAGCAUUUUCUAUAAAUUACUGACAAUACUUAUAGUGAUGAAGCCAUAUUUCUGAUUUUUAGGAACACGACUCUAAGUAAUAAUACUUUGUUUAAAAUCUCAAGGUUUAAAUUUAUCCAUUUUUCCCAUAACCAGCUGAUGUUCAGAACUGAGAAAAAGCCUUUCUCAGAAUUUCCUUUUUUCUCUGCUUCUCCCCCUUUUUAUUGUUGUUAUGGAAUAGCUCUGAUUAAGAGCCUUUGUUGAAAGAGAAAGCCACUAAUGCCUGUCCAUAGAAUUAAAUCUGCUUCUCUGCAAAAUGGCCAUUGUUACUAUUCAUGCUGUUUGCAAAUGUCACCCUAAUGCCACUAUAAUCUACAUUGCUGUUGUACUCAUAACAAGUAGAUGAAUAAAGUUUUCAACUUUAUUCUUAC